UCACAUCAUCCAACGGUCUUAACUUUAGCUAGGAGCGCAUCUGGCGUGACUUCAGACUAUCAUUAUUCAUCUGGCUACCGACAAUACCUUCCGAUGCAUUAAGCAGCCAUAACAAGCUUCUGAAAUUGUCAUCUUGCUUUUCCUUUGGAAAAAUCACACACACCACUGCUAAAGGCAAAACUCAAUUCAAAAGAAUGUGAGACAGCUUAUAAAACGGAACAUGCCGGAAUAAAUCUUCACAUCAAGCAAAAGUCAACCACAGCCUGGUUGGCCACAGAUACACGUUUCAAGAAGUACAGUAAUUAUCAAAAUGUCAUUCUUUGGCUGGAUGAAAUGGUCUAAAAGUUUUUCCGAUAAAACUGGACAAUACCCUAGCUCAGAAAUUGUGAAGACCACCCUCCUGAGGGAGCUGAAAUGGCACCUGAAAGAACGAGAACGGCUGAUACAGGAGAUAGAAAAUGAGCAAAAAGAUCAGAAGGCUGGUGUGGAUUACAACUGGCUCAGGAGCCAACAGAGUCCUCAGAUAACCAUCCCAGCAACUGAACAAAGACAGCUUGAAGUCCUUUGCUCUCAAAUCCAGCCUUGUCAAACCGGGAUCAUUCUCAGCAGGUUUCGAGAGGUUCUGGCAGAAAAUGAUGUCUUGCCUUGGGAAAUUGUUUACAUAUUCAAGCAAGUGUUAAAGGAAUUCCUAACCAAUCUUGAAAAGGAAAGUCAGCAGGACAGACAGGCCGACGUUUGGAAUACAAAUUGCUCUGUACACUUUGCAGCGCCUGACGACAAUUCCAGCAAAACAGACAAAGAUGAGAUCCCAACUGUAUCCAGUUAUGUUGACAAAAAUACACAAGGCAUGUUUCCAACGUUCUCCCACAGAAUCUGGAAUCUUCCCUACUACUACCCAUCAAGUUAAGUUUGCCCCUCUUCCCUUGGAUAUCGUCCUCCUUCAGGGAUUCAAAGCUCCAAAGAAAUAAGAAGAUUUACCCGAACCCUUGAUUGCAAGUUCAGUUUAAGCUUUGCACAUAAUGGACAACCCUCCUAGAGUUAGAAUAAUGACUUUUCUAUGCUGUUGUGUAAAAGAACCUUCUAGCUAAACAGAUACCAGAAACCUUUUUCAUGAGAUGUUUAAAGUAUGCUAUUUAUAUUGUUCCUAUAAGCAUGCACAGUAACAAUCCAAGCCACUUGCAUAUUUUAAAACAUGAUCACUGUGAAAAGCAAGGGCUGAUUUCUGUCCUGUAAUCUGUAUUUAUAUAUAUGCAAUCUUUUCAAAAGUUA